AUGAAGGCUAUGGACAACCAAAUAGCCCAAGUCGCUUCAAGUUCAAAGAGUCCAACGAAUGCUCUACCGGGUAAAUCCGAAACAAACCCAAAAUCGUUUUGUAAUGUGGCUGUUUUGGGGAAGGAGAAAGUCUUGGGAGUCAACCAAAGAUGCUUGGAGUUAUCCCAACAAGAACAAAAUGAACAGGAUGUAGAAGAGUUUGCUAUGCUUCUAGGAUACAACGAAGAGGCUGCUUUCGUAAUGGUUCUCUCGAAGAGGUGGCGAAAUCUGUUUACCAUCAUUCCAAAACUUCAUUUUGAUGGCGAUGAAGCGAGUUUCGAGGAUUUUGUGGAUGGAGUAUAUGUUGGCUUUACCAGUCAGUCUUCGUAUAAGGAAAUUCUCUCUAAAGUGGAACCAUUCCCAAAUAUGAUCAUAUCAACCGUUGUCUCUGCCAUGUGUUGA